AUGCCUGUUUUAUGUAAAACGCAUAGUAGCCUCGUUGGUGCACAUAUCCCCAUUGAUGAUGUUGUGUCUUUACUGGAUUUACCUCAGGUCUCGAUUGAGUAUAAGUCACAUAAUCAUAUGAGCACUGCCGAAUUAGCUGUUAGAUUUGUAGACUAUUACUCGAGUUUUGAUACCUCACAACAUGUGAUUUAUAUUGAAAAGGGCUUAGCCUCGAGAAGACGGCAAGUUUCUGGAGAAGUUCGCUUACUGCUCGUGGAUCCGUACUCGAGCAUGACUGUAUGUAGGUCUAGUGCAGCAGCGAAAGCUUUUGCAGAUGCCAUGACAUUCCUGAAGAGGAAAAUGCCAGCUGGUCAAUUUCUGGAUUCAUUCCCAACUUUUCCUGAAGCGUCGAUGUUUCUUGCGCAGACGAAAUAUUGCUCAUGGCGGCUCUAUGUUCAAGAACGAAAAGUCAUAGUUGAUAAAAGAGCCCAGGACCAAUCACCAGAUUUAGAAAUACAAGAAGCUGAUACUAACUGA